AUGGCUGUGCUGCUGGAACAGAGCUGGGUGAAGGUGCAGGAGAAGACGUUCGGUAAAUGGCUCAACAGCAAGCUCCAGGUCCGCAAUGUGCAGAUCAAGGACCUGGUCACUGACCUCUCCGAUGGCGUCAUGCUCAUCCACCUCCUUGAAAUCCUAUCCCAAGAAUCACUAGGCCGCUACGCAUCCCGCCCGAAACUGCGAGUUCAACGAUUCGAGAACGUCAACAGAGCGCUGGACUUUAUCAAGGGCCGGCGCAUCCAACUAACGAACAUCGGCGCAGAAGACAUUGUCGACGGCAAUCGGAAGAUCAUCCUCGGUCUCAUCUGGACUCUUAUUCUCCGCUUCACCAUCAGCGACAUCAACGAGGAGGGCUUGAGCGCAAAAGAAGGUCUACUGUUGUGGUGUCAAAGAAAGACGGCAUGCUACGACGAGGUCGAGGUCCGAGACUUCUCGUCAAGCUGGAAUGACGGUCUCGCUUUCUGUGCACUACUCGAUAUCCACCGUCCCGACCUCAUCGACUAUGACAAGCUCGACAAGAAGGACCAUCGUGGAAACAUGCAAUUGGCCUUCGACAUUGCUUCCAAGGAAAUCGGCAUCCCGGACCUGCUCGACGUCGACGACGUUUGCGACGUUGCGAAGCCUGACGAGCGUUCGCUCAUGACAUACAUUGCCUACUGGUUCCACGCCUUUUCCGCCAUGGAACGUGUCGAGAAUGCAGGAAGACGUGUUGAGAAGUUCGUCUCCAACAUGCAAGGAGCCUGGGAGAUGCAGAACAGCUUUGAGCGCCGUAUGAGGGAGCUCCUUCGCCAGAUUUCCGACCAGCAGAAACAAUGGAAGGAGGCCACUUUCGAGGGCUCCUACACCGAUGCCAAGAUGCAGAGUUCCGAGUUCAUGGGAUACAAGCGGAACCAAAAGAGAAAGUGGGUUGCUGAGAAGAGUGACUUGGUCGGUCUAUUGGGCAAUAUCAAGACGAAACUCAGCACAUACCGCUUGCGGCCAUAUGAACCACCACCGGAGCUCAGUCUCGCUGCACUGGAGGCGGCUUGGGCUGGAUUGAUGCAAGCCGAAAAGGAGAGGAGUAGGGUCAUCAACGAGACGAUCCGCGACAUCAAGAACACCCUCCGAAGAACCUUUGCCGACAAGGCCAACGACUUUGCCCUCGCUCUACACACACUAAGCGUGAGCAUCUCAGGACUCGAAGGCGAAGUCGAAGACCAACGAGAGCACAUUACCAAAAUCUCGGAAUCAGUACCACCCCUCGACGAAUAUCUUACAAUCAUAGGACGCUUGGAUGAACAAUGCGAGGAGGCCAAUAUUGAGGAGAAUGACUUUACAACAUAUACAUACGACGAGCUCGUCUACGAAUUGGGCCUGGUCAAAUCGAGUGUGCAGAAAAAGCUAGCCUUCUUGGAAAACCAGAUGGUGGCGCGCAGCAUGACCAACCUCACGCCCAUCCAGUUGGAAGAGUUUGAAUCCGUCUUUAGACAUUUCGAUCGCGGUGGCAGCAACUCUUUGCAGGAACUUGAAUUCUCGGCGGCGCUUGCUAGUUUGGGACUCGUGUAUGAUGAGGAUGAGAUGCAUGAGCGAUUCCUGGAGGUCAGCAAUGGUCCUGGUGGAACCGUUAGCUUCGAGCAAUUCAUUCGCUUCAUGGUUGAAGUGACUGAAGAUCAGUACACGGCGGAGCAAGUGUUUGAGAGUUUCCGUGAGGUCGCAGAUGGCAAGCCCUAUGUCACCGAACUCGAUCUCAGACACUCACUCAUUCCGGAUGAACUCAUCGAAGACUUGGUCAAGACGAUGCCCCAACACAGCGGCCCAGACCUGCAAGAAGACCGCGAUCUGGAAAAGUACGACUACAUCACAUUCAUGCAAAAGUACAUGGGCGGCGCAAAACCCGACGCCAAUGGCGAGUAA